AAAUUUCAUGAUUUAUUUUCAUCAGGUCCGCUUUCUUCUGGUUCUGUAAUGAUGAACGCGGUAAGGUCAAAAUGCUGAAUCCUGAAUAUGGCGUAGGUGAUAUAGCUAAGGAAUUAGGCAAGAAAUGGUCGGACGCAGAUCCCGAAACCAAAUCCAAAUACGAGGCUAUGGCAGAGAAGGACAAGGCUCGAUAUGAAAGGGAAAUGACCGCGUACAAAAAGAAAAUGCAAAACGACGGUGCUCCGAUGGUGGGAGGAGUGCAGGCGAACCAAACUGUAAUAAAAAGCGACAGCGAAGAGGAGUGGAAGGAAGGAGACGACGAAUAGCGGAUGCACGUCGAAAUUUCUUCAUCUAUCACCCCGUGUCCUUCAUCCUGAAAGCAUACCUCACCUACUGUACGUACCAUUGACCUUAGCGUGAGCGUACUUACACCACCAUUACUAGGAGAACAAAGCAACUAACCACCAAGCAACCUACCAAUCAACCAAGCUCUUCAACAAAUCCCCACCAAUCUCUCCUAAUUCUUUCCCCGAUUAUUUACGAUAAUGAUAAAGUAAUCCGCGCUAAUUAUGGUAAUUAUUUUAAAAGGAAAAACUGGUAUGCGUGAGUGGUGCGCGAGCAUGAGCGAGCGAGGAUCAUUGUGUGAGUGAACAUUUGUACUUUAACAUAUUGAUAGUAACGAUCAUGUAAAGCGGCUAGUAGGAUAGCGGAAGAUAAUGAAAGAAAAAAAGAAAUCAGAAUCAUGAGUAAAAAAGCAAAAGCGGAAGAGAUAAGGCGGCGGCGCCAAAGUGCCCGAUACUUUCUCUAUCCGGAUGGAAGGCGCAGGGGCUCAAUCAUUGUUGACUUUUUGCCCGUCGACGCUAUAUUACGAGCUAUGUAGCUUAGUUUACUAAUGACGAAACGCCGCGAUAAUGACGGCCCCGUUAGCGCGGGGAUCGGAGAUGUUAAUUCCUUU